UUCUGAAACAAACACUCAGAGAAGAGAAGAGAGUUUGUAUAUAAAAUCUCAGAGGGGGGGAUUUUUUUUAGGAGGAUCUGAUGUACUCGCUUGUGGAUCUCGACUAUAUUCACGAUCAUGAUGGCCCUUGAAGAUUCAGAAAAUAUGCAAAUAAACUGUGAGGCAUCUCUAAAAUGCCUCCAGGGUAAGGGAUUCCCUUGUCAUUUUCAGUGUAACGGGAGUUCUGUGGAAGGCCUUACCGAGCUUAAAAAUGAUUCUGGUACUCAUCCAGCUGGGAAUGUUGCUGAACCUAACCGCCAUUUAGGCAGUGAGUUUCUUCAGCCUUCCAAUGAAUUUCGUGGUAAACCUACUUAUUACCAUGAUUACCGCACCUGGACAGCCUGCCAUUUUAACGCUCACAAGGUGCAGCAAUGCCAAAUGAAUGCUUUUGAGAGCCAUUUUUACCCUUAUCCUGUCCAGAACCAACUUCAAUAUGUUCCAAUUAAUAUGGUUGCUCAGGCUUACCCAUGUGAGCGAUAUCAAGAAUUUCAGUAUUUUGUGGUGAUAGACUUUGAGGCUACCUGCGACAAGGAUAAAAAUCCCCACCCUCAAGAAAUAAUUGAGUUUCCAUCUGUCAUAGUGAGUAGUGUCACUGGCCAGCUUGAAGCAUGUUUCCAAACAUAUGUCAGGCCUACCUGCAAUCAGCAUCUGAGUGAUUUCUGCAAGGAUCUGACUGGUAUCCAGCAAAUUCAGGUGGACAGAGGUGUUACAUUGAGUGAGGCUCUACUAAGGCAUGAUAAAUGGCUUGAGAAGAAGGGAAUAAAGAACUCCAACUUUGCUGUGGUUACAUGGUCUAACUGGGAUUGUCAGGUGAUGCUUGAAUCUGAGUGCCGAUUCAAGAAAAUACGGAAGCCUCCUUAUUUCAACCGCUGGAUCAACUUAAAGAUUCCUUUCAACGAGGUAUUUGGUGUUAUGAAGUGCAAUUUACAGAAGGCUGUUGAGAUUGCUGGCUUAGUUUGGCAGGGUCGUGCUCAUUGUGGCCUGGAUGAUGCCAAAAACACUGCUCGCCUGCUGGCUCUGCUCAUGCACAGGGGUUUUAAGUUUUCCAUUACCAGUAGUUCCCUGCUGUGGCAGCCAGGUGAUUCGUUUAUGUGGAAGCAGUCUCCCGAACAACCAAGCGUUUUCCCUCACUCCCCUUACAAAUCAAAGGAUAUGAAUAUCCCCAUGGUUCAGUAUCACCCUUACUGUUACUGUGGGGUGAAAACCAGCAGGAGCACCAUCAGGAAGCCAGGACCCAAGCAAGGAUGCCAUUUCUUUGGAUGUGGAAAUUGGAGUACAGGUAGAGGUUCACGCUGCCAUUACUUUGAAUGGGUUUCUACCUAAUCUAAAGCACCUUUUGGUCUACCAUGAUCAAGUUCUAAGUUUUCUUAAUAAGUUAUAUGUAAAAAAAAAAAAAAAAAAGGAAGAGGAAAUGGCUUAUGAAAGUAGUGGUGUUGUCUCUAGUAGAAGCAUGUAUUCCCGGCUGCGUGAUGAGGUUUGUUUCGUGAAGUGUUAGAGAAAAUUAGUUGGCUCAAUUGCUUAUUACUGUGACUGCUGAACAUCUAAGUAGUCUUGUUAAGGAGAGGGAACUUCAACCUGUAAAGCUCACUUGGUUGACUGGGAAACCAUUGCGGAAUGUGAGGAUGGGUAGUUAGGAUUGGUGCUUUUACAUGCUAAGGCAUUCUAAGUUAUCUUUUAAAUAAUCCGUGGAAUAGGACUCUUUGUUUCUUUGCUCUAUUGGGAAUCGCUAUAAUUUCUGUCGCUGAUGUUAACAUUCUAACUUUGACCUUGUUAACUGUGCUUGUACCAAAGCGCAGAAUUUCGUGGAGGGAAGACUAGUGUAGCAUAUUUUUUGGUUGGGGUUUGGGGAUUUACCUUAAAAUUAGUAGCCACCAAAAGAAAAUAAUUAAGAGAACUCUUGAAAUUAACUAUUAGUUUUUAAAUAAUGUCAUACGCAAUA